AUGGCUUCAAACGUUAAGGCAUCAACUGCUCUAUUUUUCUCUCUUAACCUUUUCUUUUUUGCUUUAGUUAGCUCUUAUAACGUCGAUAAUAAUUCAAACGGUUCUUUUUAUCCGAGAAAAUCUCGGAACCCUGUUGUUAUCCGUCCUGGAUACAAGUUUCCUAACGAUGGUAGCACUCAUAGCUACUAUGGUACUUGUAAUCCAUUGAAUCUUGGUGUAUGUCUUAAUCUGUUGGGUGGUUUGGUGAAUCUCAACCUCGGCAACGUACCAACCCAACCAUGCUGUAGUUUGAUCCACGGGUUAGCUGAUCUUGAAGCUGCGGUUUGCCUUUGCACUGCCGUUAGAGCUACUGUGUUAGACAUUAAACUCAACCUUCCUAUUUCAUUGAGUCUUUUACUCAAUAACUGUGGAAGAAGAGUCGCUACCGAAUAUAUUUGCGCUCCAUAA